CAGAUGGAGAAACUGAGUCAUAUUGAGGUGAGCAAUUUGCCGAAGGGGAGAUUGCUAGUAGGGGUGGCGUGAGAUUUAAACCGUCAGUUUGACUCCGGUAGGUACUGUGUCCAUGAUCCAUUUGCUACAGGGACUGGCAUGCAGUAUUUAACGAAGGUUUGCUCUUCCUGCUACUGUCAUUAUGGGGCACAAGCGUGGGGCGCUGGGGGAGCAGGUUGAAGGGUCUUUGAAGUCGCCCUUGGACCUAACGCCAGCGUAGACAGGAGAACCAAGGAAUUUGAGAAGGUAGAGGUGCGGUGGUGGCGUUGAUGAGGAACCCAUUGCCAUGGAAACAAACGAAGGCUUUAGGAGGGCGCAUGCGCAGAUCCGGCACAGGUUGUUGAACCGGUGAAAGGUGACGUAAAAGCGCACGGGGUGGGGCGCAGGGCUCGGAACGUCAAAGCCCAGCGUCCUCCGACAUCCGGAGCAGAGAAAAGGUGCGUUGCGCGGCGGCGACAGCAGCCCCAGCUGAACCAAGACCCUGCGACGCGGAGCUGACGUGCGAAGCAACGCGAGUGAGGCGUGAGGGCGGUGCCCGCGCCCGUGAAGACCUCCUCCGCACAAACCGCGGCGUACCAGACCCAGGUCCGGGCUUCCGAGGCCCCGCCUCUCGGGCCUUGGGACUAAUCGGAUAGAGAGCGCGCGGGCCCUGGCCGCGAACUCGCCAAUUGCGGAGGGCGUCGGCCACCGCCCAAUCCGAAGCAGACAGGUGCGAGGUCCGGAAGGCGGAGACCAAUCAGCAGCCGUUGCGACCUGUUGGGGUCGUUUUUGGCCAAUGAGGAGGCCCGAGUGACAUCUUCUCUCACCAAUCGGGAGUGAGUGAGCGUUUGUGCCCGCCCGCCCUUCCGGCCUGAGCUCUAUUUACCAGGGGCGUGCAGCCCGCCUGCCAAUCAGAGCGCGGCUGAGUGGCCAGGCAGCCAACCCCGGAGGAGCGGCCGGCCGGUGUCCGCCGCACCCAGGAGUUGGGGAUGUCCUACAAACCCAUCGCCCCCGCCCCCAGCAGCACCCCGGGCUCCAGCACCCCUGGGCCCGGCACCCCAGUUCCUACAGCCGGAAGUGUCCCAUCGCCGUCGGGCUCGGUGCCGGGAGCCGCUGCCCCUUUCAGACCACUGUUUAACGACUUUGGACCGCCCUCCAUGGGCUAUGUGCAGGCAAUGAAGCCCCCCGGCGCCCAGGGUUCCCAGAGCACCUACACGGACCUGCUGUCUGUCAUUGAGGAGAUGGGCAAAGAGAUCCGGCCCACCUAUGCUGGCAGCAAGAGCGCCAUGGAGCGCCUUAAGAGAGGCAUCAUCCAUGCCCGGGCCCUAGUCAGAGAGUGCCUGGCAGAAACAGAGCGGAACGCCCGCACGUAACAGGACGCGCCUCCGCCUCCAAGUCUGGACCUUUUCCGGCCACUGCAGGUCACCUGCUUCUCCCUGGCCUUUACCCCGAGUUGCACUUCCUGUCCUGUGUUCCUUGGUGGGUGCCCUCCAGAAACCAGGGGUGGUUCACUCCAGUCGGCAGCACUAACUGCAGUAGUUAGCAGCAAGGUCACUGUGAGUCCCAUCCAUGACCUGCCAACAGCGUUGAUCCAACUGGAACUUUCUCCUUUCUGUGGCCCCCACCACUCAGCACUUACCCAGGACUUCUCACCACUUUGUCCCAGACCACUUCUCCCCCAGUGGGGCCUCAGAAGGCCUGACACCUCCCUGCCUUGUGUCCUGGGCCAUAGCCACUCUUUUCUCAGUGUGUCUUUUGCUAAACAUGCCCUUUUUGUAUAAAUAAAAGAUAAUUUGGAGUUGUUCUCUCA